AUGGCGCAGAAUGAUCAGCUGGACCGAGAAACCUUCUCUUGUGUGAUCUGUCUGGAUCUACUGAAGGAUCCGGUGACUACUACCUGUGGACACAACUACUGUAUGAGCUGUAUUAAAUCACACUGGGAUGGAGAGGAUCAGAGGAGGAUCUACAGCUGCCCUCAGUGCAGAGAGGCCUUCACACCGAGGCCUGUCCUGAAGAAAAACACCAUGUUAGCAGCUUUAGUGGAGCAGCUGAAGAAGACUGGACUCCAAGCUGCUCCUGCUGAUCACUGCUAUGCUGGACCUGAAGAUGUGGCCUGUGAUGUCUGCACUGGGAGGAAGCUGAAAGCCUUCAAGUCCUGUCUGACGUGUCUGAUCUCUUACUGUGAGAAUCACCUCCAGUCUCACUUUGAAUCAACCAAAUUAAAGAAACAUAAACUGGUGGAGCCCUCAGAGAAGCUUCAGGAGAACAUCUGCUCUCGUCAUGAUGAGGUGAUGAAGAUAUUCUGCCGUACAGAUAAGAAGUGUAUCUGUUAUCUGUGCACUAUGGAGGAUCAUAAAGGCCACGACACAGUCCCAGCUGCAGCAGAAAGGACUGAGAGGCAGAGAGAGCUCGAGGUGAGUCGACUAAACAUCCAGCAGAGAAUCCAGGACAGAGAGAAAGAUGUGAAGCUGCUUCAACAGGAGGUGGAGGCCGUCAGUCGCUCUCUGCUCAGAGAUCAGCUGACACGCUAA